AUGAACCUCCGGAGCGAAGACCAGGAGGAGCGCGCCAUCGUCCGCAUUGCAGCCCACCUGCCCGACCUCAUCGUCUACGGCGCCUUCUCGUCCGAGAAGCCCUCGGUGGACUACUUCGACGGCGUCCUGAUGUUCGUGGACAUCUCCGGCUUCACGGCCAUGACCGAGAGGUUCAGCACGGCCAUGUACAUGGACCGCGGCGCGGAGCAGCUGGUGGAGAUCCUGAACCACUACAUCAGCGCCAUGGUGGAGAAAGUAUUGCUUUUCGGAGGCGACAUCUUAAAAUUUGCAGGGGACGCACUUCUCGCCCUGUGGAAGGUGGAGCGGAGGCAGCUGAAGAAUAUCAUCACCAUCGUGGUCAAGUGCAGCCUGGAAAUCCACGGGCUGUUUGACGCCCAGGAGUGGGAAGAAGGUCUGGACAUCCGGGUUAAGAUCGGGCUGGCCGCAGGCCACAUCACCCGGCUGGUGUUCGGCGACGAGACCCGCAGCUACUUCCUGGUAAUCGGCCAGGCCGUGGACGACGUGCGCCUGGCCCAGAACAUGGCCCAGAUGAAUGACGUCAUCCUGUCCCCCAACUGCUGGCAGCUCUGUGACCGGAACAUGAUCGAGAUCGAGCGAAUCCCGGACCAGAGAGCCGUGAAGGUCAACUUUUUAAAACCACCUCCUAGUUUUAACUUCGAUGAAUUUUUCACAAAAUGUAUGACUUUCAUGGACUACUAUCCGUCCGGCAACCAAAAAAACCUGCUGAGGCUGGCAUGCAUGCUGGAGUCAGACCCCAGGCUGGAGGUGUCCCUGAAGAAGUACGUCAUGGAGAGCAUCCUAAAGCAGAUCGACGACAAGCAGCUGGGCGGGUACCUGUCGGAGCUGCGCCCCGUCACCAUCGUCUUCGUGAACCUGAUGUUCAAGGACCAGAACAAGGUGGAGGUGAUCGGCUCGGCCAUCCAGGACGCGUGCGUGCACAUCAACGCCGUGCUGCGCACCUUCCGCGGCCAGAUCAACAAGGUCUUCAUGUUCGACAAGGGCUGCUCCUUCCUGUGCGUCUUCGGCUUCCCGGGGGAGAAGGGCCCCGACGAGGUCACUCACGCCUUGGAGAGCGCCGUGGACAUAUUCGACUUCUGCUCCCAAGUGCACAAGAUCCACACCGUGUCCAUCGGGGUGGCCAGUGGCAUCGUCUUCUGCGGGAUCAUCGGGCACGCAGUGCGACAUGAAUACACAGUCAUUGGCCAGAAGGUCAACAUCGCGGCCCGGAUGAUGAUGUACUACCCGGGGGUCGUGUCCUGCGACUCAGUCACCUACAGCGGCAGUAACCUCCCGGCCUAUUUCUUCAAGGAGCUUCCCAAGAAGGUCAUGAAGGGCGUGACCGACUCGGGGCCCGUCUACCAGUGUCUGGGCCUCAAUGAGAAAGUCAUGUUCGGGAUGGCUUACCUCAUUUGCAACAGAAGCAAGGGCUACUCUUUGCUGGGCCGGAACAAGGAGAUCGACUACUUCGUGUGCACCAUGAAGGAGUUCCUGAGGGCCAACUCGAGCCGCGUGCUGAUGUUCGAAGGCCUGUCGGGGUACGGGAAGAGCCAGCUGCUCAUGGAGAUUGAGUACCUGGCCCAAGGUGAGAACCACAGGACCGUGGCCAUCGUCCUGACGAAGAUCAGCUUCACACAGAGCUUUUACACCAUCCAGAUCCUGAUGGCCAACGUGCUGGGCCUGGACACGUGUAAGCAUUACAAGGAGCGCCAGAGUAGCCUGGAGUGUAAAAUCAAGACGUUGCUGAACGAGAAGUCCUACUGUCUGCUCAAUGACAUCUUUCACGUCCAGUUCCCCAUUUCCCGGGAUAUUUCCAAGAUGACCCCCCAAAAGAAGCAGGCCCAGCUAGAGGCCCUAUUCAUGAAGAUCCUGGAGCAGACCGUGCGGGAGGAGCGGGUCAUCUUCAUCGUGGACGAGGCCCAGUUCGUCGACUCCACCUCGUGGGCCUUCCUGGAGAAGCUGCUCCGGGCGGUGCCCAUCUUCAUCAUCAUGUCACUGUCGCCCUUCACCGACAUCCCCUGCAAGGCGGCCAGCAGCAUCAUCAAGAGCAGGAUCACCACCUACGUCACGCUCGGGGCCCUGCAGCCCAGGGACAUCCGCAACAAGGUGUGCCUGGACCUCAACGUGCACGGGAUCCCCAAGGAGCUGGACCUGUACCUGAUCAAGGGCAGCUGCGGGAUCCCCUUCUACUGCGAGGAGCUGUUGAAGAACCUCGAGCAUCACCACGUGCUGGUCUUCCGGUCCCUGGAGCUGGAGGAGAAAAGCCCCCUGAACUGGCACACCCUCUUCAAGAAUAUUACUAUGCCGACGGAUGAGCUGAAGUCACUCUCCGCUAACAAGGACGAAAGUCAAGAAAUCUGCAACCUGGCGAGCGGGGUCAUCCUGAAAAACUUGUCCCCCCCAUCUUCACUGAAAGAAGUGUCGCUGGUGCAGCUCGACAGCAUGAGCCUGUCCCACCAGAUGCUGGUGCGCUGCGCCGCCAUCCUGGGCCUGACCUUCACCACCGAGCUGCUCUUCGAGAUCCUUCCGUGCUGGAACAUGAAGAUGAUGAUCAAGGCGCUCGCCAAGCUCGUCAAGUCCAAGGUCUUCGGCUGCUACCGGGACGGCCGGAUGCUGCGCCUGGCGCUGCGGCAGAACCCGACCUCCGCCGAGGUCCACCACCGCUCCCUGUCGCUGCGGCCGGCGCUUGGCAUCAUCCAGGGCGAGAAGGAGGAGCUGCGGGAGCUGGAGAACGAGGUGAUCGAGUGCCACAUCAUCCGCUUCUGCAAGCCCGUGAUGCAGAAGACGGCCUACGAGCUGUGGCUCAGUCACCAGAAGCGGGAACUGCAUCUCAAAUGCGCGCGCUUCCUGGAGGAGGACGCGCGCCGCUGCGACCACUGCCUGAGCGGCGACUUCGUUCCCUUCCACCACUUCAUCGUGGACAUCCGCCUCAACACCCUGGACAUCGGCACCAUCCGCCACAUGGCCAUGUCCCAAGGCUUCCAACAGGAAGAAAAAGUCACCUCUUCCAAAACGGAGGAUCCCAGGAAGCUGGAGUUCACCGAGGACAUGAGCUUCCAGAAGGCGCGGGAGAAGAUCCUGCAGUACUUCGACGGGGUGAUCGACAAGAUGAAGAAGUCGGAGGACAUGAUGCCGCUGGAGUCGUGCCAGUGCAAGGAGACGCUGGAGAUUGUGCUCCAGCCGCUGGCCCAGCACUUCCUGGCCCUGGGCGAGAACAACAAGGCGCUGUACUACUUCCUGGAGAUCGCGUCCGCCUACGUCUUCCUGGGGGACCACUACACGGCUUCCAUCUACCUGAACGAGGGAGAGAGGUUGCUGAGACUUUUCAAGAAGAAAAAAUCAUCCAGCCAGACUUUUGAGCUGGCCACAUUCUACAGCCUCAAAGGCCAGGUCUGCUCGCACGUGGGCCAGCUGGACCUGGCCAAGAAGAUGCUUCGCAAGGCACUGCAGCUGCUCAACCGCACCUUCCCCUCCAACCUGAUCUCGCUGUUCCUGCAACUGCACGUGGAGGAGAAUCGGCACUUCCGCUACAUGUCGCAGGCGCAGGAGAGCUCGCCCCCCAAGAAGAAGAGGCUGGCGCAGCUCUACCAACAGGCCAACUGCCUCUCCCUCCUCUGGAGGAUUUACAGCCUCAACUACUUCUUCCACUGCAAGUACUACUGUUCCCUGGCUGCCCUCAUGCAGCUGAACACGGCACUGGAGACGCAGAACGACUUCCAGAUCAUCAAGGCCUACCUGGACUACUCACUGCACCGCCAGCUGUCCGGCCACCAGGAAGGCUGGAACAAGUACGAGAUCCUGGCCAUGAAGUCCAUCUCGGCCCUCCCGCUGAAGGGCGAGAACAUGGAGGCCGUGGCCCACGUGGCCGACACGCUGAGCUACACCAAGUUCAUGAUGGGCUACCUGGACCUGGCCAUCGACCUGGGCUCCAGAGCUCACGAGAUGUGGUCGCUCAUCCGGAACCCUGACCGGCACUGCCACGUCCUCUGCUGGCUGAGCCAGAGUCUCUGCCUGAGUAACAGAUCCAUACAGCUGGUGCAGGUGCUGGGCUGGCUGUGGGACCUCUCCGUGGCCGAGGAGCACAUCUACGGCAAGGCCUUCUUCUACUUCAUCUGCAUGGACGUCAUGCUUUACUCGGGCUUCAUUUAUAGGGGCUUUGAGGAGUGCUUGCAGUUCGUCACAGAGAACGAGAACAACAAAAUCCUCAAGUACCAGAGCGGAAUCCUGCUGGGCCUUUACUCUUGCAUCGCGCUCUGGUACGGGCGACUUCGGGAGUGGAACCACUUUCACGUCUUCUCCACCCGCGCCAAGGGCCUGGUGCCCAGGAAGACGCCCGCGGCCAUCUACUGCCAAGGGGUCAGCCGCUACCUGGAGGGUCGCGUGCUCUUCCUGCAGCAGCAGAUCGAGUUGCAGGUGGAGACCGCGCAGGACAGCGGCUUGAAGCUCCUCAAGCGCCUGGAGGUGCUGGUGACGCAACACUGCACGGCGCCCGUCUUCUACCCGCGCCUGUACCACCUCAUGUCCUACGUGUGCAUCCUCAUAGGCGACGGCGAGCGCUGGCAGCUCUUCCUGCGCAUGGCGAUGUCCUUCAGCGAGCGCCAGGGCAACGUGCUGGAGAAGGACUGGCUCGCCAUGAACAAGGACUGGUGGUGCUCCAGCCCCGAGAAGGCCCUGGACCAGUGGCAGAACAUAAUCAUGAGGCUACCGUCCUGGGAAACCGUCAUAUCCGGGAAAGUGAAUCUCGAGGACUUGCAGAAGAACAAGUUUCUACUGGGAGGCAGCAUACUGGAUGAUCUUCGCUGA